UUGGUUAAAAAUGCAUGUGUAGAAGGAAAGAUCAUGGAAUCUGGACCUUUUCACAGAAUCCUGCGACCGAUUCUGCUCAGUGCUUUUAUACUGGGAUGCUCUGUUACUCUGUUUUUUUUGUAUUUUAAACCAGCUACUAGCUGGUUACCAGGUCCCCUAGAGUCAUCAAUAUUCACAGAACCUGACCUGAACCUUUUCUCCAACAACAUCAACAAAAAUGUGACCAUUGUGCUGAUCUGGAUUUGGCCCUUUGGAAGAACGUUUGACCUGAACAUUUGUAGCUCACUCUUUAAUAUUGAUGGCUGCUUCAUCACAGCAGACAAGAAUUUCUACAGUAAAGCAGAUGGGGUCAUCAUACAUCACCAAGACAUCAGAACUGACCUUUCCAAUCUCCCACAGUACAAGCGGCCAUCAUUCCAGAAGUGGAUAUGGAUGAACUCAGAGUCACCAUCACACUCAUCCCAGCUGCCUGGGUUAGAGAACCUGUUCAACCUGACUCUCAAUUAUCGUCAGGAUGCUGACAUUCAAGUGCCUUAUGGGUACAUCAUACCAGCAGAGAGUCAGGAAAAAUUUAUACCACCAAAGAAAAACAAGCUGAUCUGCUGGAUUGUGAGCAACUGGAACCAGAACCACAAGCGGGUGAAAUAUUACAAUGAGUUGAGCAAAUACGUGGAGAUUCACACAUAUGGACGAGCCUUUGGGAAGUACAUCUCUGACCAAGACCAUUUCCCCACCAUCACCAGCUGCAAGUUUUAUUUAGCGUUUGAGAACUCCAUUCACAAGGACUACAUUACUGAGAAACUGUACAACCCACUCUUAGUGGGGACAGUGCCAGUGGUUCUUGGCCCACCCAGGCAGAAUUACGAGAAUUUUAUCCAGGGAGAUGCCUUCAUUCAUGUGGAAGACUUCACCUCGCCCCAGAAACUGUCAGAUUACCUGCUGCUCCUGGACAAGGAUGAGGAGAUGUACCUCAGGUACUUUGAGUGGAGGCGGGACUUUAAAGUAAAAAAGGCCUAUUUUGGGGCUGAGCAUACAUGCCUGAGCUGUGAUUAUUUGUGUAGGCACAAGGAGUACAAGGCAUUCAACAACCUUAACAAGUGGUACUGGGGUGGCUAG